AGGCGCGCGUACCAUUUGCCCGUUCCUUGGCCGGGGCGACGUGGAUGAAGUCGAGGGAACGCGAGCAAACAGGGCACAAGCGAUCUGCUCACGCGUAUCUCGAGCCGUAGAUACGAUAAAGUUGAAAGUCGUGCUCGUGGGGAACCUCGUGGACCGAAAGUGGUGGACGCACGGCCGCCGCCGGUACGACCGCGGCCAAUGCCAGUCACCAGUGAAACGUGAAACGCGAAACUGGGCGAAAGUUUCGUCCUGAAAUCGGUUGGACAAGGAGGGAGGCCGCGAUUUGUCGUGAAUUUCGUGCCGAUUCUUUAUUAGAGCUUGUCCGGACCGUCCGGACAGCUCAUUCGGAUAACGAGUGUCGCGUGCUGUCCUCGCGCCUCUUGUGUCCGCGUUGCUCGUUUGGUUUCUGGCGGUUUGUCGUUGUACUUGGAGAUCGUGGAACAGGAAGCGAGCAUUGUGAUCGAUAAAACGACAUGCACGAGAAUAAGCUGUGACCGAGUUGAAGAAGAAAAGGACCAAACAUGACGCGAUCAAGGGGAACACUUUCUUCGGUUUCGUCGGUGCUGCGAUGGUUUAUUCUCGCGGCGUUCCUGAUGAUUGUUGCCCGUUUCAAUCUCGCAACAGGAUGUCAGUUUUAUCCAAUUGGGGAGUAUCUGAAGUUCGUCAGAGUACCGGAAAACCUGGCUAGAGGCACGGAAAUUUUGUCAUUAGAAGCACAUCCGAGAAAUCACAUCUCAAUAAUGCCAGUCGAUAAAGACGAAGAUGCUCGUUUCUUCGCGUACAGGGAGACCAACAGGACACACGUCUCCCUUGUGUUGGCCCAGUCUAUGGAAGAUCUGGUGGACGCGGAGAUGCCUAGAAAUCUGCUCAAGUUCCGUGUCGUGUGCGAUUACUCUGAUGGCGGUGAUUCCCUGGUGACGUCGCACCUGUCAGUGACGGUCUACGUGGAGGACAUAAACGAUCACGCUCCGCAAUUUGUCGACGCGCCUUAUCACGUAACUCUGGACGAGCUCACUCCAGUUGGCGUGACGAUAUUUCGCGGGAUCCACGCGAUGGACGGGGACAAGCCGAACACGCCGAACAGCGAUGUGCACUACGCGAUAGUGAAAGGCAACGAGCAGGGCAAAUUCUCGCUCGAAUCCGGUCAUAGAACCGCUCUCAUCCUUCGAAAACCGGUAGACUACGACAACGGUGACCGCGAGUUCACGUUGGUCAUCGCGGCUACGGAUCGCGGCGUACCAGCCAGGAGUACGAAUACGACUGUCGUGAUCACGGUGCUGGACAACGAUGAUUUGGAUCCCAAGUUCACCAGAGACGUGUACAAAGCGAAGAUUUACGAGUUCUACCCGAUGCCGGAACAUCCGAUCUUCACUCAAAUCAACUUCUCCGCCCCGAUUCAAGCAACGGACUGCGACAGGGACAUAAAUAUAUCCGUGCGUUACGACAUAAUAUCUGGCAACGAGCGCGGUUUCUUUCAUCUGGACCCAAAGAACGGCACCUUGUUCCUCAAACGUCCGAUCGAUCUGGACGCCGAGCGAAACCUACCGUCCAACACGUUCACUCUGCAGGUCCACGCUUCUCAAGUGGACAAUCCUCUGAAGACAGCAGCCGCUCGCGUCGAGGUCGAGGUCCUCGAUCUGAACGACAAUCUUCCGGAGUUCGAGGUCGACCUGUACAACAUCAGCAUCGUGGAGAAUCUGCCGAACGGGUUCAGCGUGCUGCAGGUGAUCGCUCGCGACAAGGACCAAGCGGAGAACGGCCAAUUCGACUACGAGCUUCGUGAUCCGUCCGGCGCGUUCUCGGUCGACGGUAAAUCCGGUUGGUUAACGGUGAAGGAUCAGUCGGUCCUCGAUCGGGAGAAGCGCGAUCACCUGCGAAUGAAAGUGUUGGCGAUCGAGAGACGGCCGAGCGUUGUUCUACGGAACGAUUCUUUCGUCGACGUCGAGGUGACGUUGCUCGACGCGAACGAUAACAAUCCGAUAUUCGUGCCUGGGAAUCUGUACGAGUUGGUCGCGAGGACAGACUAUAAAGUGGACACGGUGCUCGGCCAGGUGCACGCGGUUGACGACGAUCUCGGGCCCAACGGCAUGGUGAGAUACAGGCUGCAAAAACCAGGCAACUCGACGAGCCGCACGCCUCCGUUUAUGGUGGACGAGAUCACCGGCAUGAUCACGGUCGCCGAGAGCCCGAUUCUCGAGGGACGACACGCGAUCUUCGUCGAGGCGGCGGAUCAACCGGCGAACCCGAGCGAGAGGAGAUUCUCCUUAGCUGUGGUCACUGUCGACGUCAUCAGAUCAAACGGGCCAGAAUCUCUCGAGCCGGAUUUCAUUGGUGCCCCUUACGAGUUUUGGGUCGGUGCCAAUGUGCCAGUCGGCACUAGCGUCGGCCAGAUACGCUUGAACGACGCCGUAAAGACCAACGACCUGAUCUACGAUCUUCUGCACAGUUACGAGGAAGGUGUGCCGUUCGCCGUUGAGGAGCGUUCGGGGACGAUCACGGUGGUGGAGGAGAUCGAACGGUUCGAUAGAUCGACCUACGACUUCGAGGCGGUCGUCACAGACGAAAGAGAUCUGAUGUUGAUCACAAACGUGUCCGUCCACGUGGUCGAUCCUAACGACGAGCGAGGCAUCUUCACGAGGGGAACGACCACCGCCCCUCUGGUGUUCCACGCGAAGGAGAACGUGGCUGGCGCGUACAUCGGGCAAGUACUCCCCCAGAAUGGAACUGGCGCGACCGCUGCCGGCACUCGGUUCUUUAUCGUCAAUCAACAGGAUGUGCCCGACAUCUCGAUCACGGAGGACGGCGCCUUGUAUGCGCCCAAGGGUCUCGAUCGCGAGGCUAGGCAGAAUUACAGCAUCACUGUGAUUGCGGAGAGUCCGCGCGGCGUCGGUGUCUUUCAAGUCAGCGUGAUCGUUUUGGACGAGAACGAUCAUGCACCAGAAUUCACGAUGCCAUUGUACGAGGGUCGAAUCCUAGAGAACAGCCCGAACGGAACGAAAGUGAACUUAUCGAUUCCCAUUGCGGCUAUUGACAAAGACGAAGGCAUCAAUCAGAAUUUUGUCUUCAGUCUUUACGGCGAGGGCAGCGAACUGUUCAAAAUCCAUCCAACUACCGGUUUAGUGUACUUCGAAGGAAUCGAUGACCGAACACUGGACAGAGAAGCGAAAGCAAACUAUAGUUUCACGAUCGUAGCUAAAGACACUGGCGGCCUGACAUCGGAAUCUCAGCUGACGAUAAUGGUAACCGACGUGAACGACAAUCCGCCGAGUUUUAUCCGAAUGAUCGUGCUCCCGGACCAGGGUGUUCGCGUGUCGAACGAGCCCGAUAUCGAGGCAUCGUUCGAGGGGAACGACGUGCUCGAUAUGAGAGAGCCAGGCGCCGGAAGUCAGCCAACGAACAGCCGCCGUUCGCCUCUUCUUCUCGUGCCGGAAAACGCGACGAUCGGCGCGCCGAUAAUACGGCUGCUCGCGGAGGACAAGGACGAGGGAACAAACGCCGCGAUAACGUACAGCCUGGGGAACGAGACAACAUCCGGUGACGACGUUAAGUCGCGACGAUUCGACACCGGAGCCAGCCGAAGGUACUUCCAUCUGGAUCCAAGGUCAGCCGAAGUGUCAGUAGCCAGAGGACUUCCAACAGAGAGGAACGUUCGCCUGCUCGUCCUGGUGAAAGACCACGGUGGACUGUCCGACAGUAUCAUGCUGAGGAUCCACGUGGCAGACGUGAACGAUCACGCGCCGAUCUUUGACAAGUCCUGGUACACUUUCGACGUGCCGGAGGGCACCUACGCUGGCUACGCGUUGGGCACUGUUCGAGCGAUCGACGCAGACUUCGGAGCGAACGCGAACGUCAGUUACGAGGCUGUCUCCGGCAACGAGAACCUGGAAGAUCCCGCGAACGUGUCCAGGAUCUUCGACGUUGCACCAUACGAAGGGAUAGUUCGAGUCACUGGUGUUCUGGAUAGGGAGAGUUUAGCUACUCACCGUCUCGUGGUGAUGGCACGCGACAACGGUUCUCCGAGACUGAGCACCACCGUGGAGGUAGAGGUGAACGUGUUGGACGUCAACGAUAAUCCACCCACGUUCUACAACUAUCACGAAACGGAGAGGAACGAGGACGGAGACCUCGUGCCGGUGUACCACGCUUCGAUCUUUGAGAACAGUCCUGUUGGAAGUCAAGUGAUCAAGGUGUAUGCGAACGACUCGGACUUUGCUGGAAACGGCAAUGGGCUGAUUCUCUUCGAUCUGAGUCACCAGGGGCAGCCCGAGAAGCAGUUCUUCUCCAUUGACAGUAAAGAAGGCGCGAUCACGACGAUCGGUUGUCUGGAUUACGAGACCCGAAGGGAUCAUCGUUUGUUGGUCACUGCCAGCGAUCUCGGAUCUCCGGUUAGUUUGACAUCCACCGCGGUCGUGAUUGUCACCGUGUUGAACGUGGACGACAACGAGGAAGAUGCUGAGAACGAGGUGCAGAAGACACCUUCGUUCAGACAUCGAUAUUACGAGGUUGAAGUAGAGGAAAACGUUCCAGUGCCGAUUUUGAUCGCGCAGUUGGACCUAAACGACAGUCAACAGAGCGACUACAUAAGGUACAGCAUCGUGGCGGAUGAGACGAAGGCGCGAGAACACUUCUCGAUCGACCCAAAGAACGGCUCGUUAUACCUGAUGACGGACGUGGACAGAGAGGUGAACGAUCGAUACGAGGCGAAGGUCAGGGUCGACAGGGUGAAGAUUGGUCGCGGGAUGCCCGUGAUGAUUUACCCGGUUGUCGGUGAAAGACUGAAUGGUCUGGCGCCUAACGAGGCCAGGGUCGUUGUCAGAGUGAAGGAUGUUAACGACAAUGCGCCCAGAUUCAAGUCAAAGGGUCGGCCCAUCCUCGCCGCGAUACCCACUGCUGCCCAUUACGGGUAUGAGGUUGUCAAAGUGGAGGCGGAAGACCCAGACGAGGGAGCAAACGCCGAGAUCCGGUAUCAAAUUCUCGGGCGAGAGGACGCGCCGCGAUUCGCCAUUGACCCACUGAGCGGUCAAGUACGAUCCGUGGCGAGUUUUGGCCGUGACGCUGGACGCGUUUUCGGCUUCGACGUCAAGGCCACCGACAGAAGGGGCGCCGAGAGCGGCCGCAGCAGUAUCGCCAACGUCUUUGUGUACGUGUUGGACGACCAGAAACAAGUGGUGAUGGUGGUUGGCCGGAAACCCAUCGAUAUCGAGCCACAAUUGGAAAACAUCACCGCAAUACUACAUAAUGUGACGGGUUUGGACAUUCGAGUGAGAAAGUUAGAACCACACAUCGAAAAGAAUCUGAUCGAUACUACGUCAACCGAUGUUUACCUCUAUGCAAUCGAUCCUCAUUUAAACGUUAUGAUAGACAUGGACACACUGCACAACGUGUUCCACACAAAGAAAACGGAGAUCAAGCGUGAGUUGGACGAGUACGAUGUCCUGGACAUUGCCGGAAGCUCUCCGCGUCGGGGUAAUCAACGUUACUUGCUCUCUACUCUGGAAGUGGGUGUGGUGGUGCUUGGCUGUGUCGUCUUUGUCGGCGCUCUCGUCACUGCACUCUGCGUUACAUGUGUUCGCAGAAAUAAACGUCGCAGACGUCGGGAGAAAGCGAUGUUCUCGACCACCAGCCCGAUUGGAUUCGCAUUGGCAGACCCGGCCGCGACGCUGCAGAAGCCAUCGUUGUUCCCGACCUUCGUCGACGGCCUUCACUACGACCCUGAACCGUUCUGCACCGAUUUGCCGAGGCGACAGAGCAUCUGCGAGCACGGAGCCAACUGCGCUCGCUUCCACGCGAUGGGCGGUUGUAGUAAGCACGCCGGGAGGACGACAGGGACCCCGAAAGGCCUCGAGGCAUCCGCGACGUCCUUGCAUUCCAGCGGUCAGGAUUCUGGGAUCGUGGCGCGCGCCUCCUGCCACUGCAGUCACUCGUCCAGCCCCUCCAGCGGCGAGAGCAGCAACGGAUACGAAGAUUCUCUAAAGUCUCUGCAACGCCGCGAAAGGUGCAGCGAGGUGCCCCGUGGUAGCCACGACGCCCCGAAUGUGGUCGGAAGACGCGGGAACCAAACCACCUCGAGGAGGCGGCAACGGUUCAGCAACUCGUUCUCCAACCUGGAAUCCGUUUACUCGCAGGAGAUGACGUUGCAGAGGGAGCAGCGUUGCUGCAUGGGAACGGAGAAGAGAACGCGGAAGAACGACGGGAUGACACGCGAGCAUCGUCGCGCGCAUUCCGAGGCGGAAAACAAUAUCACCGAGACGGUGAUACACGAACAUCCAGGGACCGAGAUCUCGCUGUCGAGCUCUUUACAAAAUACGUCCACCCUUCAUGGUAUGUCAAAGUCUACCCACAUGUUGUAUUAACAGCAACGAGAGUUACCGAAGAGAGACCUUCCAACGGGGAGCAAGAUGAUAGUCUUCCUGGCCAUGAGUUUUUUUUCCUUUUUUUUUACUGUCCAUAUCAUCCACCACCACAUCGCCCACAGUUUUGUAAAACAUUUUUUGUUUUUUUUUUUUAACAAGCAAUAAGAUUAAUUGUCUCUAACUGUCACUAUUGUAUAACGUCGCAGUGCGAGGAUAUUUCUAUAUAGAAAAAUUGUUUCGUGCCUGUUCUCUGCGAAACUCUUUCGUUUUAGAAUGAAAUUCGUGUUCUUUUAGCGUGUACUUGCUGGACACGAACAAGGGAUUUCGUACGACUGAGAGGAGUUGUAUCAUUAAGAAGUUACCAAUUAACGAAAUGCCCAGGUAGGAAGGGAGUAUUUCUAAUCAGCGAGCUAUUUUCCAAUUUCAGAUGUAAAUCCGUCUGUAAAUUGUGUCAUCUCGUUACCAAAGUACUCGUCAUUAAUUCGAAAGUCAUUCAUUUGCAUGUGUAAAUAUGCUAGAAACUCUGUCGACACUCCGAAAUCCAUUUUUAUUACUUUAUUAUCGUUACUGUUUUCGUUUCGUCACUUCUAUUUCUUCUAUUGUUCGUACCGCGCUAUUUAUCGUGUAAAAAUGUUCUCUCUACAUGUAAAUGCCCUAUGUACAGUUUGGUACGUACUCUACGUUGGAAAUGCAAUGGAUAUCGUGCAAAGCAAGAACACAACACAUUGUGUGCAUAAUUCUACAUUUAUCGCGGAAACAUUUCGAAAAAAUUUCGUUCGAAAUGUGACAAUUUUAACAAUUGUUAUUACGCGUAUAAAAAUGUUUUUAUUUUGUAUACAGAUUAAGUGAAAUGAGAAAAGUAAUUAGAUAAAUGUUUGAUUAAAUUAAACGUGAUGACUUAUCACGAAUAUAAUACGAAAUUAUAUCUUUUUUGGAUUCCGAAAAUUGAAUUAUUCCAUGUGUAUAAUUUUUUCUCUUCGCUUUUCCAAAUAAAUAAUCGGCUUCUCGUUUUGAUACUUGCUUAGCCUUGUGAAUACGCGAACUUUCCAACCGCUGUUACCAUCAACGAGUACGUCCUCCAUGUUUAAAGCGACUGUAAGAAAAUGUAACAUAUGUAUGUAAUAAUAAUGAUGUAUUAUUUAUACCGCGGUUUAUGUUAUAGAUCAUUAAUAAAGGCAAUUAAACGAC